CCCCGUGGAUUGUAGAUUUCUGAGGAAACUGAAGGCUCCAACUCUCUAAUAGGUGUGAUACCGCAGACGUCCCAGAGCGUGGCCCUGCUUCAGAACGGGGGGGAGUGAGGAUUGAGAGAGCAGGCCCAAGCUGCCUGUUAUAGUUUGUAGGGGUAUCCUAAAAAGAAGCUCAGGCUGUUGGAGCAGAGCCCGGAGUCUCUGAGUUCAGAGGUCUGAGGCCAGGGGGUACCCUUCUACCAUAGAGAAAAUACCAUAGAGCUGAGGCCAGAGGUACCCUUCUACCAUAGAGCCUUCACUGCCCAGGAUCCUCGGUAGAGAGUAGUCAUCUCCUCAGGUGUUGGAGCCUCCCCAGAGCACAGUGGGUAAGGUGGGGGUGGCACACCCUGGGUUCACUGGAAGCUAGGUGCUGGGAGUCGACUUCUAGAGGAAAUUACCUGAGAAGUAACUUGGAGACGUUCCUGUCAAUCUAGGGCGGGUGGGAUGGGUCACCUCCAAAAGGUAUCAGCCCAAGGCUAUACUCUCCCACACUCGGGACAUGGAGAAUGUUAGCCACUGACUGACAGAGUGGAAGAGGUACACGGUGGUGAGUCUGUGUGGGGAGCCCACCAUGAGUUUAGACGUGGCAUGGUGGCAGCAGGCUGUGUUGGACCACGUAGGUGGCACCAGGAUUUCCUGGAAGCAAACAGAAAUGACUGGAGUUCAGAUCAGGCCCGUCGAGGGGACUAUGGAGCAAGGGCCUGACCUUGUAGGGAAGCCAUAUCCAAAGACAGAGAAGCGAGGACCGUGCUCUGUGUGGAAGGGGGCCGUCCAGACAGGAGGUAGUUCCAGCAGACGUGAAGUCUGAAGCUGGAAGCGAACACACCAGGGCAGCUCAGAAGUGUUGAUUCUUUGCUGAAAUCCGAAUCCCCAAACACCUACGACCCACAAGCCCAGCCUCUGGGACUUACUCGGUGGCUUAAUUAAACUCCAAGGAACCCUUCUUUGACAACAGAGAUAUCCGAGUCAUUGAGUGGCAGGAACAUGGGUACCAGUCAGGAAAAUAGAGAGCAUUCCUGCUUUCCCUGGUAGAGAUGUGGGGUGCACUAUUCACCUGACUUCUGUAGUCAGUCAUUCUGGUGCAUCCCAAAGAGUCAUGGAGAAGUUGGCCACUGUGUCUGUCUAGAAUCUCCACAGGCUGUGCUGGAGGCUGGAGUGUGGUCCUUAUACCUCCUGUUCAUACUUACUGUGAGGGAGAGGGCAGCCUUCUUGUCUGCUUGGCUUUGUCACUCAGCACCUUGUGUGAUGGUGGCCUUAACUCUGCAGUCAGACCCAUCUGAGCACCCCCAGCUCAGCCAUGUCCCUGCUGCAGACAAAUCACGUUCUUGUGACUCUGAGGAACACACCUUACAGAUCCCAGACCAUGCCUCAUGGAAGAGCUUCUGUGACCACAAAUGGACAGGAGGACCUGCAUCAUUCCACGGGACUUCUGGCAUCCCUACAGUGGCUGGCAGGAGCAAGCAUCUGAGUCCCUCAUGAGGUGGUCCUCCCAGGAGUUAUCCCCACUGUCCAGCCGGGGCCGGUGUCCACCCCUUUCAACCUCCAGGAGGCCACUCAUGCCUGAGAGAAUGCAACUCACACAGGCAGGUGUGCAAACUGCCCCAGUUCCCACCAGGACCCAGAAUUCUUUGUCACUAUCUUAGGUAUUGCUACCUAAGGCCCCAUUAGGAACAAGCCUGGCUAGGAGCCAUAGUGCUCAGGGAACCGAAGGGCUGCGCGGCACCAGAGAAGCUCACCUCCUCUUUCCAGCCCUGGGUCCCGUGAGACACAGUCUCAGGGCUCUCGCUACCCAUUAACACUUGUGUGCAGUUUCCAGGGGAACAGAGCUACAGAGUCAAUCUCCAAGGUUAAUGCCACAUUUUUUUAGACAGGAAGGCAGGUGGAAUCUUUCCAUGGCCCUCCUCCCAGACCCACUAGGAGGAUGAGGCCAUAGCCCUCCCUGUGAAGUCUUCAAAUACAAGGUUCUUCUUCGAUACCCCAGUCUUCUAAGCCAGUGGUAUGCAAUUUUGAGCAACACAGAGAAGCCUGGGAGUCGGGGCUAUUCUGCCACUCUUGAAGUCUGUGGGGGCUAAACAGAGCAGCCCGGGCUGGGGCCAGGUGGUCAGCUGAGCUGAAAACUGAGGGCACCCUCCGGCUUUAAAAUGGAGGGCAUCCCUAAGGCUGUAAGACUCAUGUUCUACCAGCUCCUCUUCACUUUGCAUCUCUAGCUGGUCACAGGGAAGGUUUUGCUCAAGUGCCCCUGCGAGCACAGUGUGGAGCCCCACCCCUACCCAUCAGCUGUGUAGGAGGCGGGGCCUGUGUCCUUGCUCAGCUUUGCAGAAAGUGCACCCAGCCUGAAGUCCUCCCACUUGCUUCCUACCCCGACUGGGCAAGAACUAUGAUAAUCUGGCUCGAGGGCCCUAGACCAAGGCCUUGUUCCCUGGAGAGUUGCAGUCUGCCUUCCCCUUGUCUACAAGGUCCCUGUUUCCCUUGGAUUCCCUAGCCAGGUUGCAAACAGGAGUCCCUCUGCCCCAGCACUCCCAGCAUCAUGAUGGGAGUCCCUUAACAAACUGAGAUUAAAUAUUCUUUUUUAUUUUUCAUAUUUAAUCUCAGCUUGUUAAGAGACUCCCAUCAUGGAGGAGGAAAUUCUGAACCAAGCACUUUCUACCUUCUUUCUCUGUCAAAUUAUUAAAACACCCUUAGGGGUUUCUGCAGACCCCAACCCAUGUGUUCAGGGCCCUACUCUGACAGAAGGAGUGGGGUCUCCUGGGCUGAACCUGCCCCCUCUCCCUCCCUCUUCCUUUACCUCAAGGCUGAGGUUUUAAGAUGGGUGCCCCAGUCAUGACCUGUGGCUAUCUCUCAGCCAUGCCCUCAAAAGCGUUAGGCCCUGCCCUUACACAACGAGGCCACAGUACCAACCCUCUACCUGGCAGCCAUUUCUCUUUUCAACCUUCCCAGCCCCAUCCUCUUCUCCCCCUAAGUCUUAGUGAUUCACCAAGAAGACCCAGCUGUCCUGUGCCUGUGUGGGCAAGAAGGGCUGUUUCUCGGGAGGCCAUCUCUUGGACUCUGCUGCCUUCAGCUAGCAGCCAUCUUCCCACAGCAGGUGGCAUCUUGUGGCCAGUGUUUCUGGGGCUCACAUGCCAAAUACUUGGGGAAUCGUCCCCAUGGUGGGGUAAAGAACUGUUUACUGUUCAUGGUGUCGUUUUGCAAGGUGCUGGCCUCUUGCCCAGUAGCCUACAGCAGCUAAGCAACAAAGCUGAUCACAGCCCAGGCAGCUGAGAGUGUGGUCCAGGCAGCAUUGCUCUAUCCAUCCCAUCCAGCCGGUAUUUAGCCUUGAGGAUGCGCUGGGCUCUCGAGCAGGCUGUGUGAAUCCGCUCAUGUAUUUCCUCACUGGAUGCAGAUACCUGUACUCACACAGUAAGCAGAGAUCCUUUUACGAGAUGUUCAGUACUUUGUCCAGAUUCAUACCCGAGGCAGGAUUCAAACCCAAGGAGUCAGGCCCAGCACCCAGAGUUUGAGUUGAUCUUCCUGUCCCUUAAGGCCAGUGGUUCACAUUGUUCGUUCCACCUGCCCGCCCCACUCAGCUACAGCUCUUUAUGCACCCCCCCUGCUCCUGCCCAAACCCCAGAAAACCACUAUUGAGAACUCAAAAGGCCUCUUUGCAAAGGGAGAAAGGAGAAACACUCUCUUCAUUGCUGGAAAGCAUAAAGCCAGUGUGAGAUAUGUCCUCAACAGCUCAGAGGGGGCAUGGGCAGGAUGUUCAGACAGCGGUACGUGAUUUCCAACCAAACCCCAUUGAAUCCUAAGACCAUGGCUGCUCCUUUCCAAGAAUGACUCACCCCAAGUUCACUCACUAGCUGGGCAACCUCCUGGCUCCAUUAAGUGGAUUUAUCCGAAGGGUUAAAAUAAAUGCCUAUCUUUAUGGCAAGAGGCAGUUGUUUGAGAAAUAGCAAGGGAUUGAAUGCGCAGCAAUGUGCAGAGGUGGGAAGGGGAUAAUGAGGUUUCCUGUGAGCCCCCAGGGGCAUGACUUUGGAGAGGAGCACACCUGAGUGCUCCGAGGAAAAGGCGCUAAGACACCUGAGUGGAAAUCUGAGUGGAAACCGCUCUCAUUAUUCCCUGGGGGCGCCACGCCUCUGAUGUUCAUACUUCUGUCCUUUCACCUCUCUGCCUACUCCUGGCCUCUGGUGUGCUUGGUCACACCUCAGAUCUUUCCCUCUAUAAACCCUUUGAUGCCACCUUGGACCAGCCAUCUCCUGAGCUUGACUCUUAAUGACUGUGACUGCCCUGUGCGCACAGUGAGAGGCCCAAGAACAUUAAACACCUAUGUGAGCAUGGCCCCCUUCUACGUGCCAUGUGGCCAGCCACUCCUAUCCUAUUGGCUAUGACCUGAGGUGUGCCUGCACUCCAGGAAUCGCUGCCUGUGCCUGCCUGCUGCUCCCUUCCAUUCCUGCUUUUUCAUCCUCUGGAUCCACCCCUCGCCCCGCCCUGAGCACCCAGGGACUUGCCUGCUUUCCAGAAGCCAGUUUCGCUCCAUACUUGAUCUCACAGCUCCCGGGCUAGCACACACAUUCUCAGGUGUGGAGUCAGACCUGGCUGUUCCUUCCCAUCUGUAGGGCUUGGACAAGCUCUUCCACCUUCUGAGGUCUCCAUUUUACCAUCUCUAAAAUGGUCAUGAUGAUGCCUACCUCCUAGGGUCACCAGGACAACUGGACUAGGUAGGUGUGAGAGACCGCUCAGUGUGGCAUUAAUUUCCCAUCUUCUUUGCCUGGCAGACUGUAGGUCCUUGGUAAGUAUGUACUAUAUACAAACAGUGGUUUGGACCCUCAUUCACUGUGGUGGGGAUGGCCUUGGCUGGCCUUGGAGAACCUGUAACUCAUGUGGACUCCCUGGAAACCUUUCUUUUCCUCUUUGUGUGCCUCGCUAAACAUUUAAUUCCAGGUGACUGAUCUGAGCUGUAUUCUAGCUUAGGUGUGUUCUAGCACACCAGCGUGUAAAACGAGAUGUUCGUACAUAUUGCAUGACGUUUGUGCGGAUGAAACCCAAGCCACCCGCUCAUGAAUAAUCCACCUGUCCUUGUUCUUCUCAAAGGACAUUUCCCCGGACAAUCCAAAGGCAUGGUAGCCACCUCGAAAUUUCCAGAAAACCCAUGUUGCAGACUCAAUCCAUUUUUCUUAAGCCUGGGCUAAUGAAAUGUUUCCAGGAUGGAGCCAGCAGCCCAGGAACAGACCGAGAAAAGCUUCCGCUAUGUCAUCAGAGCUCCCAGCAGCGAUGGCUUUGAUGUGAUGAACGUGGAUGUGAAGAUCGACACGUGCUGGGUGUUCCGAGAUGUGGAGGAGAGUGACCAGGAGCAGGGAUGCCUUCCAGAAGCAGUCAGCAGCCCAGACUUGGACCCGGAGCUGCUCAGAGAGCAGCUGGAAUCCUCAGAGCGGAAGCUGUUGGCCAUUGUGGACAAGCAUGUGAUGUCAGAGUCAGGGCUGAGGAGCAGGGUUGAGGAGCUGGAGCUGUCUGAGAAGAAACUUCUCCUCAAGGUAGAGCAGCUGAGUGCCUGCAUGGCCCAGGAAAGAAGCGCCUCGCUCUACGCCCAGGAGCAGCUACAGGCACUGCAGAGGGAGCUGGUCAGCCAGGUGCGGGAGGCCAAGAGCGCGGCCAGACGCCAGCAGCGGCUGCAGGAGCGGCUGCAGCUCAAGGACGAGGCCCUGGCAAGGCAGGCGGUGGCCCUGGAGCGCUGUGGGCGGGCCCAGCGGUUGCAGCUGGGCAUGGUGCGGGAGCAAGAGCGCGUUCUGCGGGCGCAGGUGCAGCGGCUGGAGCGCGACGUGUGGCGCCUGGGCCGUGCCGCGGGCCUCCUGUUGGCACAGCUCCACGCCGCGGACCCGUUGCCUUGUGCGGGCAGCUCCAGGCCGCAGAUUCCGGCCGGUUCCCUAGGAGCCUCCGAGGCCACAGAGUUGAGUGUACUGCGGGCCAGAGCGGAACGCGCGGAGCGGGAGUGGGCGGAGGCGGCGCGCAGGCUGCGGGAGCACAGCGUCACCAAGCGGCAGCUGCGGGAGCAGCUGGAGGAACUGCGCUGCUGUGUGUAUGGGCUGACGCUGUCGGAGAUCGGCCUGCAUAGCCAGGUGGAGGAGCUCGUCCAGCAAAACAGUCGCCUGCGGGCCCAGCUGGGGCACGGUAGCCCGGGUGCCUUGGGCUGUGCCCAGAGUGACUCUCUGCCCCUGCCCAGGGCAGAGGUGCUGAAUCCCUGCAGCAGCCGAGGCUGCCACAGUGAUGCUUGUGGACUUCAAGCCCUCACAGGCCAGCUCUCAGAAAAGCCCCAUAGCCGUGUUCAAGAUCAGCCAGACCCUUGCUUGGUGAUGCCAGCAAGUACCAUAGGCGAGCUCCCGGAAGACCUGCCAGGGUCUGAGCAUAGACAGGGCGCUCUUGUCCACCCCCACCUAGAUGGACAGAUUCUUUGGCUGCGGUGUAGCUACCCCCCAGAACCAGGCAUGGAUGAGCCACUCCGCCCCUUGGCAGGAGUUUCAGAGAACCUUCAAGCUGCUGGAGCCCAGGAAUCCUUCCUACUGUUACCCACAUCCAUGUUCCCGCUCUGGGGACCUGCUGGGGAACCACAGCCCCUACUGCCACCUCUGCUCUGGAAGCAUCUCCUACAAGAACUUCAGACCCAAGAAGAGAUGGAUGGCAAGCCGUCCCCUGCCCCUGAGGUUGUGACACACCCUGACUGGCCUUGUGAUCUGGCAAGGAGCCAAGUCGCCUCCUCCAGCCAGGAGUCUCCACUCGUUUCAAAUGGCCCAUUUCCCACAGAAGAGUCCAAGGAGCCCAGAGACAUGUGGAAGGAGAGAGGCAGGCCUCCAGUUGCAAGUGCAGAGAAAUGGAAGGUGAUGGGUGUGAUAAAAUCAGAGUUGGAUGGCAAGUCCUUGCUGGACCAGGAAACCAGCGAGAAGCUGAUCAUGAACACCGAGGACCAAGCCCCAGAGGGCAUACAGGAAGGGAGCAGGGCUUCCGAGACCCAAGUCAUGGCCCGCUGUCCUUGGCUCUGGCCGGAAUGUCUCAUGCUGACUCUGCAUGGGGCAACCUCUAAGUCACAGGAAGGUCCUGAUCCCUUGAGAAAGAGAUGGGGUGUGGAAGGAUGUGGCUGGGAACACAUGGGAACACUGUCACCAGAGAAGGAGGAAGCGGCUACCAGCUCUAGGGCCCAUGAUACGAGAGAGCCAGAGCCAAAGGGUAGUCAGCUUCCUGCAGGAGAGGGCACAGAGAUCUGGAGGAGGACACAGGACAAACAGGGCCACCAGCUGUGCUUUGGAGACACUCAAUUCCUGCAAAAGGAGUGGUCUGGGGAGGAAGAGCAAGAGGAGAAGAUGCAGCUCCGAGCGGCACCCAGCCCGGCUUCACUGGGUGACCCUGAGCAGCCUGACUCCAUGCGCCAUGCAGGUCAGGAACAGGGACUACCAAUGGGUGAUCGGGAUUUGCUGGAGUUUCCCAAAUGGGCCCCAACAGGUGGCAGCAGUGAAGGUCCUUGCCCCUCACAGACUCUGACCACAGGACAGGGCAGGAGCACCCUCCAGCUAGACACACUGGAAAGGGAGGUGGGGGCCUGCUUCCAGCACCUGAACAACCUGAAGCUUGUCUGUGACGAUCCCCAGCAGAUGUCAGCAUUGAUGAGAAAGAGCCAGAGUGUCGCUUAUACAGGGUUGGACACUGAGGGGGAUGUGUGCCAUCAGCAGGUCUCAGCCAGCCAGGAUCCGAAUGCAAAAUCUAUCAGGAAUGGCGAGGGAGUGAGGCCGGAGGAGGGUGUGGCUCUGUGCACUGGAGAAGUUCUUUCAAGACUAGCUGAUGGGGAUAAAGCCAACCGGGGUCCCGCAAAGCUGAGUGGGAUCCCGCUCCCCUCAAUGUGGUGUACCCCCAAGAGGGUAGGGAGCAGCUUCCUUCAGCUCCUUGACACCCCAAAGAAAGAGAGAAGUCAGGUUUUGCUUGACAAUGCCAGGCUUCAGGGAGCCCAAGAAGGAUGUCACCAUGAAGGACACCGUUGUGAAAAAGAGCGGGCCAGAGAAGUGGCCAAGGUCCUGAGGCUGGAACAGACAAACCGAUCGCUGCAGGGAGAGCUGGACCGCCUCAGGCGCGAACUGGACCAGUGUCUGCAGGCUGUGUCCGACCUGGAGGACUGUAAUGGGAAGAGUUACUGCAAGAUUUCCCAGCUGGAAGAGGAGAAUGAGAAACUGAAGGGGGACCUGGGCCGGCUGCACAAAGCCAUGUCCGAGAGUGUCAGGAACGCCAGAAGCAGGAUGGAGCAUGUCACCCUGGAAAACAGGGAGCUCAGGGCUCUGAUCUCAGAGCUCGGAGUCAAUUACAAAGGGCUGAUAAAGGACACGAUGCUAGGGAUAGAAGACAUGCUCUGGGCUCUGCAGGGGGAAAACCAGCACCUUGUAUGCAGGGUCCAAGGCCUGGAGCGGGAGGUCCUGCAGAUGAGCGGGAAUCCCAGGGAAGAAAAGUGGUGUCGCCAGGGAAACUUCAAGAUGGCAGGAGACCAGGGACACACGGAAGACAAAGAGGUCCAGGUGACUCUGCUUUCAGGACAGCUGGUUACACGAGCCUGUGGGCCACCCUGGGAUGAGAAAUCAGGCGUGACGUGGGGGCAGGCAGGACCUUCCUUCGAUUUGGAAGGGUCCAGAUGCGGGGCUGUGGCUAGUUCUGCCUCAUCAGUCUGUGCAGUCACUACAGGGCCUCAGGAAGCAAACGCCAAUGGAGCAAAGGGAGACGGAGCUCGGCUGCAGAAAGAACAGGAGACCCCAUGGUGUUCCAUGCAACAAGGACAGUCUCAGAGGUCCCUGAGCCGCAGCCUCCAGCCCCAGACCUCCAAGGCUGCUGUCCCCGAAGAAGACCCCAAACUGUGCAUACAGCGACUCCACCACCAGGUGCGGACUCUACAGUGCCAGCUCAGGGACCAGGGCUGGGCACUGCGGGAGUUGCAGGUGGCUCGGGAUGAGGCUGUGGGCCUCCAGGAUAAGCUCAAGCGCAAGCUCGAGGAGCUUCAGGCACAGCAGCAUGAAGCACUCCUGGCCAUGAGUCCUCUGAAGGCCAAGCUGGCUUCCAUGGUUCACAAAUGCCAAGAGAGGAACCGCCUCAUUGAGCAACUGCUGCAGGAACUUCCAAGACAAGAGCCCAAGACCCACCUGCUCUUUGAGCUGGCACAGAACAUGCUUGAUGAUGUGGCUCUGGCUGAGUAUGCUGCCACCUUCCUGACCCCGGGAGCCCUAGAGGUAAUCUGCCGCCUGGAUGUUGGCUCCAAGGGGAAGACAGCCAGAGGAGGAGCUCAGGAGUAUCUGCUUAAUUCUGAACCGGACAGUAUCCUUCAAAGCCUGUGGGGUGUGGAGUCCUGGUCCCUUCCGGGGACUAAGUGGGCAUCUCAGAUGGCUCCACCCAGUUCCCCAAAGGUUCUGACCCUCACUUAUCUCCAGGGUCUCAGUGUUCUGGCCUAUGGGAUGGAGGUGUCUGGCUUCCAGCAUGACAGGAAGGAGUGA